ACCUUAAAGCAUUUGCUUCCUAUAAAUAUACAUUCCAUUCAUAGCCACCCUGCAGUACCAAAACCUUUCCUAAUUCUCCAAGUUCCUACACAUUCAUUUCUUCUAUCUACUGCUCGCAAAACAAUCUCAAUUCUCAAAAUCAUGGGUUUUCGCUUGCCUAGAAUUGUUAGUGCCAAGCAGGGUCUAAGACGGACUCGUUCAUUUGCAGAGACCACGCCAGUACCCAAAGGCCACUUCGCUGUCUAUGUCGGAGAAGCUGAAAAGAAAAGAUUCGUUGUCCCAAUUUCAUUCCUAAAGGAUCCUUCCUUCCAGAAUUUGUUGAGUCAAGCUGAAGAAGAGUAUGGAUUUAAUCAUCCUAUGGGUGCUCUGACAAUCCCCUGCCGCGAAGAAGCUUUCAUUGAUCUCCCUUGUAGUCUGCAAAGCUAAUGAGAGUAGCAGAGAUUAACUCUCUUUAGCUCAACUAACACAGAGCGGUUUAUAUAGGAAGCGAGUGUAAAUGGUAGAUUGUUUUUUGCGAUCCCAUUUCCUUGUGAAUUUAAUUAUUACUUGUAAUUAACCAAUAUAUCAAAUGAUAAUUUUUUUUAACCCAA